CAAAUUGCCAUUUCCGAGCAUCCUUUUUUGCUUGGAAGGAUGUCAAGCCAUACAGUUGAGUCCUCCACAGUAGAAACCAAUGAUGGAUUGAAGCUCCAGACAAGGGUCUUCAAGCCCAAAGAAGAUGAGAUCAAAGACAAAUUGGUUAUUGUUCUUGUCCACCCAUAUUCAGUUUUGGGUGGUUGUCAAGCUCUUCUAAAAGGAAUUGCAAUUGGGUUGGCACAGAAAGGUUACACGGCUGUCACUUUUGACAUGAGAGGUGCUGGGAGGUCCACAGGAAAGCCUUCUCUCACUGGGUUUUCUGAAGUCAAGGAUGUCAUCGCUGUCUGCAAAUGGGUUUGUGAAAAUCUAUCAACUGACAAGAUUUUGUUGGUGGGUUCCUCUGCAGGUAUAUGUUUUUCAUGAUUUUGCAAUUAUAUU